AAAUACACAGCACAAAGUAGUGAUCAUUUUGGACUAGUAACAAUGAUUAUUGUGAUUGUAUUAUUGCAGGUAUUUCUUCAAGAUGUAUGCGGCAUGUGCCCUACCGGCUGGAUUGAACGUCCCGGCAGCAGCUCUUGUUAUCAGUUCUGGUCAUCGAGAAAGAUGGAUUGGGCAACGGCCAGAAAAGCUUGUCAGGCUCUCUCAGGUGACCUGCUUCAACUGGAAUCUAAAGAAGAAAUGACCUGGGUAAAAUAUGAGCUGUUGAAGUACCCGAUGAGCUAUGAAUGGUGGAUAGGCCUAAAAAGAAGCCCUGACAAUAAUACAACGUGGUUAUGGACGGAUGGAUCAAUAAAAAACGAGUCGAACAAUUUCAUCCAGUGGGGCAGUGGGGAGCCCAACAAUUAUCUGGACUCGGAAGACUGUGGCGAAAUUUGCAACAAUGUCCUCAACGACAAAGACUGUGACAUACCACGACAGUCUAUAUGUGAAAUGCCGCCAGAAGUUCCGCAUUAUUGUGAUGUGGACAAUGGCUGGACAGACCUGGUUGUCGCAGGGAAAGACAUCGCUUGUUUCAAGGUCAUGCCAACAAAAGUGCAAUAUACAGACGCCCAGAGGGCGUGUAUACAAGAGGAAGGUACCCUUGCGGCCAUGGUGACUGAGUCAGAACAACAGGCGCUAACUGUGUACCUAGCAGGGCAGAACGACGGAGCUGCUUAUUGGCUUCCGUAUACCCUGAACACGGAACUGAUUAUUAAAUCUCGACGUUGGCUGUUACCUACAACUGCCAGUGAACCGGCACACUUCUGGUGGAUGGAAUCAGCAUCGGAUGUAGAAAAACGUGUUGCCAACAAUUCCCUUUGUGCGGUGAUGGAUACAAACUCUACCGAUUUCAACAACUGGCGCCCAACAUCAUGUGACGACUUGUACAAACCCGUCUGUAUGAAGAAACUAGGCAUAUGUCCAUCAGGUUACAUGAAGUACAAUGACUUCUGCUUCCGGUUUGAAAUCGAACGGAGGACGACUUGGCGGGAAGCAAGGAGUUUCUGUAACAUCCGCAAUACGAAGUUGCUUCGUAUUCAGUCUAAUGACAUACAGAUGUUUAUUGGGAGGAGCAUUCAAAAGAACAGCACUGUCUGGCUUGGAUUUAGUGGUACGCGCAAAGACUCUUGGAGAUGGUUUGAUGAAGGUGAUGACUCCACAUUAGCCUUCGGAGCCUUCGAAACCAACAGAACUGCCUCUCUCGCGAGUAACAUCGAACUGUGCGGCGUACUGACAGGCUCUGGAAAGUGGGAAAGACAAGACUGUGGAAGUUCUAAUGCGGGCACUGUUUGUAUUGGACACGUGGUCAUUCGACCACCUGGUUCCCCUUGCCCAGACGAAGAACAAAAUUGCCUUGAAGGACCUUUACCUGAGCCGCCACAUACUUUAACACCAACCUUCGAAUGUGACACAUCAAAUUCUUACGCAAUAAGCCAGCAGAAUGGACUAUGCUAUAGAGAAAUACCAAUGCUUGUUGACUGGUAUAAGGCACGGACGUUUUGUGCAAACGACAAUGCUAUCCUUUUGGAUGCUGUUACAAAUGAAACGUUGACCAUGCUUGCAACCACCUACGGAACAAUGAGCGAAAUUGAGUUUGAAAAAUGGAUUUGGACUGGUCUCAAUGACAGAGAGAAAGAAGGCCACUAUGUUUGGCAAAGGGGAACCAGUCUGGUAACCAAAGGCUACUGGAUGCAUGGUUCGCCUAAUAACUUUGAAGUUGGGGCUGUCUAUUCUGAAAACUGUGUUGUAAUGGCAACGGCAACAAGUGAUGCAUAUCUUCCCGGCGACAAUCGCUCCUUUAUCAUAGAAUGGGAUGACAUUCCUUGUGGCUUUGAAAGACGGGCAGUUUGUCAAAAAAGACCAGAGUACAAUAUAGCUCUUGGGAAGAUGACUGCUGUGUCCUCUGGAGAACAGGGCUACAAGUUUAUAGACGAUUGUGCUGACAGAAAUAUGGAUAAUGGAUGUUGUGGAUUAAUACCUGGUCCUUACCCAUGGUGGCAACUGGAUCUUGGCGUUCGGUUUACGAUCGGUUCUAUUGUUAUACAUAGACGUUUUAAAGAAGGGUGCGCCGUAUGUCCGACGGAAAUGAAGGACUUCCGGCUAUUUAUUAGUAACGUCACAGGCUCAAAGAACGUCACUGACCUGGUUUACACAGAGACAUCAGAUCGGCCACAGACGAUUAUCACAGUGCGUUUAGAUACACCGAUUACUGGCAGGUUUGUGCGGAUUGAUAUUGCAAAACAAGACGUUAAUAUAUCACUUUGCGAGGUCCAAAUAUUUGAAUACAAUGGGGUAACAGGCCAAAAGCUCACGCCAGAAAACUCAAACUGUAUCACUGACUCCACCAAUUGGCAAGGGCUUGUAAACCAUACUGAAACAGGUCUCAAAUGCCAGAGAUGGGACGUGGACAAACCGCAUAAUCACAAUUACCAUGAUGAAACAUUUGCUGGUGGUCAAAACCAACACGAGGCUGAAAAUUACUGUCGCGAUCCAAGAGGAGAGGGCAACCCAUGGUGCUACACCACUAACCCGAAUGUUCGAUGGCAGUUCUGUAGCAUACCGCAUUGUAACGCAUUCACAAACCAAGGACACAAGGAUAAAUCAGCCACAAAGUUUUCGAUCUGUAACUUUGGUUGGGAAGAGGACCCUAACACAGGAGCCUGUCGCAGAUUCGGAUUGGAACAAUUAAUUUUUGCCGACGCUGUAAAUGUUUGUCAAAACGAAGGAGCAAGCGUCUUUGUUCCAGCCAUGAAAAGUGGAAUGUUCGUUUCCAACGAAAGCGAAAAACAAUGGAUAGGAAUCAUGUACGACAUGUACACCACACAGUGGAAGUCAUUAUCUGGUUUAGAUGUACCGAUAUUUAUUAUUGACGCCUUAGCAUCUGCUAGUGCCGAGAAUAUGACGGGACCCUAUUGUGCGGUCAUCAAUGUUAAAUCUGAAACGAUGCAUAUUGCCGAAUGCUUGGAAAGACACAAUUUUACCUGCAAAACAGCAGAAAGGUUCUUUAUUGUGAAACAUGGUACCGUUGGAGGAGAAUAUGUGACCGCACCGUUUCUGUCCAAAUACCACAAUGCCUAUAAAUUUGAAUUCCGCGGUGAAUCAGCAGCGCUACUGAGACUCACAGACCAAAACGACAAUGCUCACUACGAGAUUAAGUUCGGCGGAAUAUAUUCAACACAAUGCACAAUUAAAGAUGUCGGGGCAAAUAGAUUCCUGUACAAAACAAGCAUAGACGGUGUAACCAGUGCGACGGACUUUAAAGGUUUUUGGGUCAGUUGGAAUAAUUCUGAAGUCAAAGUCGGCCGAGGUGAAUUAUUUGAACGAAAUCAGUUCAUGUCUACGGCGGUACAGGCAAUGGAUGGAGCAAAUUUAGAACUGUGGUCAUCUGCAGAAACGGAAUGGAAAACAUAUUUCAAAGACAAAACCGGUGAAGAAGAGGUUAAACAGAAAACAGAUCAAGAUUCGUCGAAUUGCAACACUGAUUGGCACUACUACUCAGACACCAAAAAGUGUUUUUGGUUAAUCGACCAACCGAUGAGAAGCCAAGAGGGCGCAGAACUUUGUUCACUAUUUGACGCCACAAUGUCGUUACCAACAUCACCGGAAGAAGAACUUUUUCUAUAUAGUUUAUUGAACGGUUUGCCAAAACCUCAUAACACCUCAAUGUGGCUUCCGGUGAUGACAUACGGUAACACGAUGAAAGUUAUGGGUGACGAAUACAAUCUCAGAUAUAACAGAUUUAAAAAUGACGGCUCGUCUUUUUCUAAUGUCACAUUAUGUGCUGGAAGUGGACAAUCUACGAGAGGGAGCUGGGACUGGUUCCCUUGUUCGGAUAAGAGAACAGUUAUAUGUCAAUUAAAGGAAUUGGCAUCGACGACAGCAGUGACAACAUCGACAACUACAGCAAUGACUGUUGACUCAACCACGACAGAGAAAAGCCUAUAUGAUGAAAUUACAUCAACGAAAGCAGUGACAUACUCGACAUCUACAGCAACGACUGUUGACUCGAAGACGUCAAAGAAUAAACUAGAAGCGUCAAAGAAAAGUGCAAACCCUGGCGAAGAAUCCGGACUGACUCAAGGUGAAAUCGUUAGUGUAGUAAUUGGCGUUAUUGUAGGGGUUGGCGCCCUUGGCGUGUGUGUAUAUUUUGUACGAAAAGUCAUCGUGUCAUCCAAAAUGUAUCAAAUGAAGCAAGGCCUGUUUAAAGGAUUUGGCAAUGCGAUGUUUAAUAAGGGCACGGAGGACGGUGUUAUUCUUCAGUGACAGUGUUAGUCUCCAGUGAAGCCCAUUCAGUUCUUUGUCAGUUUUUUUAACUUGCUUUUUCAAACAUUCAAAGCUUUGUACUUUGCGUGAACUAUAAAAAUGUUACCCUACGUGCUACUUAAGACGACAGCUAUUUAACAUACACCUUUUGCUGUAUUAUUCAUCAACAAAUAUGGUAUUUCUUCAUCAAACGUUCUGUUUAAAAGAGGAAAAAACUGUUUCAUUAACUGAUUAAAUUAACGACCGAACGUUAAUGAUAUAAUGUCUAAAGAUAAUAUUGGAAAUAUAACAUAUUUGUAUUUAUAUAGCGACCAAGGUAAUAAAGUUGUAUAUUUUCUGUACACCUUACUUGUAUGGUUACAUUUGUGUAUCGGAUGCGAUGAAAAUAUUUAUUCCGCCGGUUGAGGAUACAUUUAUGGGUGGCAGCUGUUGAAUAUUUGAUGACGAAGCAAAUGAAAAGGCCAAUCGGUAGAGAGAACACUUACAUUUCCAAAGAUUGGUUGAAUGCGUUAAUGUCCUUUUACUUGCACUGGAGACGAAAUAAGCAAAGGUUAUCGAGGAAUGCCACAGAAAACAAUGCUUUAGUUUACCGACAUACGGAUGAACACAGAUCACUCUUUCUGACAACUUUCGCGUCAUACGUUGUGAUUUGUGCGACAGGCUUUAUCUGUCCUAAAUCAUGGCCAGUCUGCUUUUCUCUAUUUUAAAAAAGUAUGUCAUAUAUUUGGAUAACAAUUAUCUCCAUCAAAAUUGAGUCAAUAAUAAUUGUAGUUAAUAUUCGUCUACAAAAAUGAGUGAAAAGAGGCUUUAAACUUUUGUUUUGAAUGUGCAUGUUUAAUAACGUUGGUAAUAUGUAUGUCAUAAACGCAGUAACUUCAUUUUAUUCAUGUUAUGUCUUUGUUAUAGAUAUGGAUAGGUGACCAGUUCUGUACAAGUAUCUGAUUUAA